AUGGAACCUGGUCAGCUUGUGUCCGGGCUAUCUGAGGAUGAAGCUCAGUUGGCCAUUUCUGAUUACUUUCCUUCUGACGGAGAAGACGAUGUCUACCUCACUGAUGAGGACGACAUAUACUCGACUGAUGAAGACGAAUUUCAUGAGCCAGCUCAGCUUCAAGAGAGGCUUGGAGAGCUCGCUGUUUUCAUACAAGAAGACAACUCUGUCCCGGCACUACCAAAUCUUCCCCCUUUGCCGUCUGGCUUCACUGAGCUUGAACGACAAUCAGAACUGAGAGAACGGGUCAGCCAGAACGUGGCCCUCAUACGUCAAUUGGAAUUGAGAACCUCCUACAGUGUAAACUUCUGUCUCGAUGAAAUCGACCGCGACGGUUUACUGAAGGACUUCCACAUUUGUAUCUCAGCGGCCUUCGGAAAAAUGUUACUCAGUCAAAAGCCGCCUACUCUCGAAUCAUAUCUAGCCCUACCCGAUGCCCUUACACUGGACAAGGGUGUCCUAACGAACUACCUGGUCGUCUAUAUCUGUAUUUUCCAAAAGCAUGGCCAGCCCGAGUUCCGUCCGUACAGUGGGUCUGCUCUCUCCGUUGUUACGGGAGCAUCGGCUCGAAUCAGCCAAUAUCAAGGGGUCGUUGCUCAUGGUUCUGCCAGCGUUUCCUGGGACCAGCUGUCGAUCAAUUCGAAGAAGUCUUAG